ACAUAACAUGAACUACUAACUAGCUGGCUAUUUUUAUCUAUAUUUUCUAACGGAGCUAUCAAACCAAACUGAGAUCGAAAGUAUCUAGCUCCAAUCGGUAUACUCAGUAUCGGAAUGACCAUUUCCUGUCAGUUUGAUAUUAAUUUCCUGUUGCGAAAUAGCUAGCUAGCGGUUCGUGUGCAGCCUGCUAGCCGUUAGCUAAUUGUAGCUAGCUAGAUGAUGUGUUGUAGUAGGCUUGGAAAUAAUCAUAUUUGCCGAAAGACAUUGAAUAUGGAAGGAUCGUGUAACAUUUGCACGUUGCACCGGGGAUAUAUUGCAACGGACAUCAUUUUUAGAGGAUAACCUGGAUAACCUUAGCUACAUGAAAUGUCAUAAACUAGCCGCGGAGUUGGAGGGACCCACAACCUCCUGAACAGCUGUAUUGAUGGAGAAAUGUCCUCCGAGGCGAUAGCAAAUAUAAUACUGCACAAGGUUUAGCGGAAUUAUUAUAGUCUGUUAUCUUGUCUCUGUAUCUAGUCUGUUAAGCAAAUAGUAGACGGGUCAUUCCGAGAUAGCUAUCUCAUCAUUGACUAAGGAGCUAGCAAUCUGCUGCCAGUGCUGGUGAAGAAAGCACAGCUGUUUUGGCAUCUGCAAACAACAAGACUGGCUGUGUCAGACAAACCUUCGGCCUUGUCCAGAAAUACAAGAUUUGUGAAACUGGCACAAUACAUACAUUUGUGAAACUGGCACAACUGUAAACAAGGACAUUUGAACAGUCUGUAUCGAAGUGAGGAUACCUUUUCCUGAUCAUCGAGACUUGACAAAACUAUAAUGAGGAAGUUUUUUGAUUCAUCUCGUCGGGAGUUGGUCAGUUCUGGACCUGCUUCUGGAGGGGGUAGCAGUGGAUCCAGCCAUGCAGGUGGCAAUUUAAUUGGACGUUCAUGUACAAUUGGGCGGCACCAAGUCACUAUUGAAGAAACAGUGGCCGAAGGGGGGUUUGCAAUUGUGUUCCUGGUACGAACCAGCCAGGGGCUCCGCUGUGCCCUCAAGAGGAUGUAUGUCAACAAUGAGCACGACCUGCAGGUGUGCAAGCGAGAGAUCCAGAUUAUGAAGGACCUGGUCGGCCAUAAGAACAUUGUUGGCUAUCUGGACUCUAGUAUCACCACUUGUGGAGGAGGAGAUGUGUGGGAAGUGCUCAUCCUCAUGGACUACUGUAAAGGAGGCCAGGUGGUGAACCUGAUGAACCAGCGUCUGCAGACAGGCUUCACCGAGGCAGAGGUACUGCAGAUCUUCUGUGAUACGUGUGACGCCGUGUCUCGACUGCACCAGGGCAAGACACCCAUCAUCCACAGGGACCUUAAGGUGGAAAACAUCCUGUUACAUGAUAAGGGUCACUACGUGCUGUGUGACUUCGGAAGCGCCACCAAUAAGUUCCAGAACCCACAGACCGAAGGAGUGCCAGUAGUCGAUGAGGAAAUAAAAAAGUACACCACUCUGUCAUAUCGUGCUCCUGAGAUGGUUAACCUCUACAACAGCAAGAUUAUCACUACUAAAGCUGACAUAUGGGCAAUGGGCUGUUUGCUGUAUAAGCUGUGCUACUUCACUCUACCCUUUGGGGAGAGCCAGGUGGCCAUCUGUGAUGGCAGUUUCACCAUUCCUGACAAUUCCCGCUACUCCUACGACCUGCACUGCCUCAUCCGGUACAUGCUGGAGCCCGACCCUGACAAAAGACCUGACAUCUACCAGGUGUCCUACUUUGCUUUUAAACACGCUCGUCGGGACUGCCCUGUUCAGAAUGUUAAGAACUCUCCAAUUCCUGCUCAACUCCCUGAGCCAAUCAAAGCCAGCGAGGCUGCUGCAGCAAAGAAGAACCAGAGCCAGACACAGAGUAAGGCCAGACUGACAGACCCCAUCCCCACCACUGAGACCUCCAUCACGCCCCGGCAGAGGCCCAAAGCGGGCCAUGCCCAGCCCAGCGCUGGAAUCCUACCCAUCCAGCCGGCUGCCCUCACCCCUCGCAAACGGGCCAACCUACCUGCCGGGGGGGCCCUUCCUCUUGGAGUGAACUUAAACCUUGCCCAGCAAGCGGCAGCCCUCCAAUCACAGAAGGCACAGAAGGCACUUCAGCCAGCGACCGGCCAAUCACAUAACCCUCCCAGUGAGGCAACACCCCAGCUGGGUGGUGCUCAGCAGAAGCAGCCAGGACAGUUGCAGCAGCAGCCUAUCGAAGCAGUGGGAGGAGUCCCACCUAUGCAGACCAUGGCGGAGGCCCCGAGCACCCCUCAACAGGCCUUGCCUCCCCCGGUGGCCUGUCCUUCCCCUCAGAAGGCCCAGGCUCUGUCCAGCCCAGCCCCACCCAAAGCCCCAGCACGUCGUAAGCAGGCCAGCCAGAGCCAGACCCAGCGGCAACCAUCUGCUCAGCCUACUCCAGCCCAUCCUUCAGCUGCACAGCAGCCUACAGCUCGGCAGCAACCAGUUCCUCAACAACCAGUUGCCCAGCAACCAGUAGCUCAGACAGAAGCGGCCCAGCAUCCACCUGUCAAGACCCAGUCCACUCCUGCCGAGACCAGUCACAACACAGCUGAGACUGAGACGACUCCGCACCACUCUCCAAAGACAGCAGAGCUCACCCCGAGUAACGUUACCCAGAAUGCAGUCGGUGGGCUACCUGGAAGUGACUUCAGCCUACUACUGCAAGAGGCCACAGCAGAGGAUGACCUCAAUCAGUUAAUAUCUGUCGGUACAUCUCCACCCAAUUCCACCCGGUCCCUUCAGCAGAGUGUGUGUGAACCAGCGCAAGACAGCAACUUUUCUGCCUUUGCCCAUUCCCCUACCCCUGGCCCUGCCACGGGUUCCCCCACGCAGCCCGCCUGGAACCCUUUUGGUGAUGAUGACUCCUCCAAUCUCAGUGCAGAGCAACUGAUUAACAAAGACCUGGUUGAUGAACAGGCUGAUGACGUGGCUGCAGAAGCAGAGGUGGAGACGGCCCCCACAGAGGAACUGAUACCUGGCCUGCUGGAGGUCUCCUCCCCUGGGGAAACAACCCCCCAACCUGCUGUAGAGCAAUCUGAAGACAUCCUUGGACUGGAUACAGGAGAGUCUUUGUUGACUGUUCUGGUCCCUUUCAGCACCCUAGCACUCUCAGACACUCCAGAGAAGCUUAUUGAGGGAUUGAAGUCCCCAGAUACACACCACCUGCUCCCUGACCUCCUGUCCAUGGCUGAUCCCUUUGGCAGAACGGUGGUGGAGGCUGUUAAUGUAGUGGGUCCAGCAGAGAACUCUCUUUUGAGUCUGGACUCUCUGAUCCCUGGUCUGGAGGCUCCUGUGUCCCAGUCUGAGACAGAUUCUACACUGCUUCAUGAUCCCCUGCUUGGGGAGGACUCUCUGCUGGGUUGCUCUCUCAUCUCUCCCCCUUCUAGAGCCUCCUCUCUCUCCUCUGCUCCCGCUUCUGCUGGCUUUAGGUCUGUUCUGGAAGAGUUUGACCUGGCAUCUGGGGGUUCCACCCAGUUUCUGUCAGACUCUUCUGAUCUCCUGAUCCCAGGCUUUGAGCCUCCACCCAGUGCAGAGACAGCCAACGAGGAUGAGUUUGACCCCAUCCCUGUCAUGGCCUCCUCCCAAGUUUCAGGAGGCCACUCUCGAAGUAACAGUGGCAGCUCUGAGUCCAGCCUUCCCAGCCUGGCCCGCUCCCUGCUCAUGGUGGACCAGCUCAUCGACCUGUAGAGGCCGGUGGGGAGCCGGGACACUAAAGAGAGGGGGAGUGGGGGGAUGGAGAGACGAGGUAGAAGUAUUGAUGCUGGAGAGGAAAAUAGACCCCACCGUUAGUCGUUACACCCCUACACCAUUCAUCACCAACGUUUGUUCCAUGGGAACUCCUGCUGUCAUUCCGAACGCACUGGGCGAUAGAGUUCUAGAUCCAUAAUCAUUGUCCUGUCUGUGUUUGUCCCAUCAUGCCUCUGAUAUUGAUUCCCGUCAUGUCCACCACUUUUCUUCUUCCCCCCUCUUGCCCUCUCAUUUCAUGCUCUCACAGCAUUUAGGCCUAUGUUCUGUUGCCUUCUGCGGUCAUCAUGGCAAACAAGUUCAUGGCACACUGCUUCUAGCUUUUGCGUUCAUGGCACCCUAACAAUAUAACUUUUGCUUUCACGACACACUAACUUUUUCUAGCUUUUGUAUUUGUCCCUCUAACUUGAUCCAAGAGUUCUUCUUUCUGUAGACCAGGGUCAAAUGUUUCACCAUGUUUCAAUCCUCUCUCUCUGGUCAGUCUUGUCCUGUAAGCAGCCCAGAUAAUUCCAGUCUUGUUGUUAGUAGAUGUUGUUAUGGUGGACAAGUAGAUGUUUUGUCUCCUGCCUUUCUCCAGGGUUAUAUUUAUAUUUCACUUGGAUUAUUAUUUGCGCACAUUCGGUAACAACAAUAUCACAACAUUGAUUUCUUCUAAACAUCUUGAGUUGUACUGUAGAACGUUGAAAAAAUGGUUGUCUGUCUGCCAAUUUAGUUUGCCACACUUCAGUGGCUGAGUUUUCAGGGAUUGUGUUUUAACCCUUAGCGUGAGGUAUCAUAGCCGGCGUGAUGGGAUAGAUGUCACUAUCAAAAAGGACUGAUUACUCCACCAGCUGGUCCAGAGAUUGAGCCUCCCCGUGGACACAUCCUCCCAGCUGCCAUUAGCAGAGCACUGUAAGAGCCACCAGGCAUGUUACCUGUCUAUGGUCAAAAUGAGCUAGGAAGUUAUUCAAAAAAGUUGUAAGUUAGCACCAACAUAUCUUAAGACUUUUUAAAGCCUACAUUAACAUAAAUAUGGAGCUAACAAUCCCAAAGGAAGAAGCUAAGAUUUAAAAACACCAGCUUGGCUCGGGACUCAGCUGCACAUUGACAACAUUGAUGCUUUUCUAAAGCAUUUGCUUGUUUUCCUCUCGUUGACCUCUCCUUAGCCUGACUAUACAGACCGUCGGUCAAUAUCAUCCCUUUCAUUUCAGCCUGUUUGUGCCCACGCAAUCCUUUCAUUCUAUUCAAACAUGCAUUCCCACAGAAAGUCCAUUCCUACUUGUACAUAGAUCCUAUAUUCCAGUAAUUUAUCAGCCCUACAUAGUGUGAAUGUAUUUAUAUCUGCAAUACCCACAUACUCUGAUCCAGUGAUCAUACGUGUGGUUCCUCUCGUGUAUAAAGUUACAAAACAUGUAUGUCCUCUGUUACUCAUCGGUCGUCAUAGCUUACAUUGUGAAAAAAAUAUAUAGAAAAGUUGAUUUCAUAUAUAGCUAAUAAUAAAUGUGAAUAUGAAUAGAGUGUUAGAGAAUGAAUGUAUGACAUUAAUAUCAUUAUAAAUAAAGAUUAAUAUAUUUAAAUAUAAUUCUUAAGAUGACUAUUAUAGACAAAUACUUUGUUUUUCCUGUGCAGCUGUGUUUUGUCCACCAUAUUUCUCCCCAGAUUCCUAUUGUGACAUUAUCAUAACAUACAGUUGUGACAAUCUUAGCUUUGAUCUGUUGUUGAGGGUUGGGUAGGAUUUCUCCUUCAAGUAGUGUCUAUUAACUUGCCUUGACCUAAGGAGGGUUUUAUUGCAAACAAAGUAGUUUGUUGUACAUUGGGACCACAACCCAGGGAGCUUUACCAUGUCUUAUACUGUACCAUACUUAAUCACGCUGUACAAAAGGCAGAGAACUACAGUCGUUGUUGAAAUAGUGCUCUACAAAGCCAUGCUUUCUCCACGCAGAUUUUAUAGUAUCAAAAAGAUGCAUAUCGAAGCAUGACCGUGUUGUUGAAUGUUCUGUUGUGUUGGUAGACAGUGUUAUCAUCGGUGUGUGAAUGUGUGAACAUACAGUCUGACUCGUUGGAUGUGAUGCGGUUGUGUUGUUGUCUAACCUCGCUGCAAUAAGUGACAUCUACAAUGAUGUUUGUGUUGACUUCAUCACAUUUGAAAAGCACAGGCCCUCUUAAUUAAAUAGCGCUGAGUUCACUCUGUUGCCCAUAGAGGAAGUCACUGUUUUUGAGAGCACAUCAGUGUCUCUCUGAGUGGACCACUAGACUCAGUGAUCUGACUGAAUUAGAGGAAAGGAAUAUAUUGGUUAUCAGACAGAGAGGGGCAAGCACUACACAGGCUUCAACACUAUGACAACAUACACGUCAGAUCCUAUGAAGAUAGGAAUGCUCACUGUACAUUUCAAGGAAUUACAGAUAAUUGUUCUACUGCAGUUUUCCAAACAAUGCAUGCCAAGCAACAGCACUUAUUGGCAGUAUUCUAAAAUUCAAUGUUGUGUCACAUCUAUCUCAAGCUGAAGUUCACAUCUUAUCCCUUCCACUACUGUACAGUCUAGUCAUCUGCAGAUACUCAUGAGGCUAUUGACCUAUGCAAUCUUUGCUUCUUCCUGUAGACAACACUGUGCUGUUGUUCUUGGUAAAGGUCUUGCCCUCCAGGUAGUUCAACUUGUGUUGUUGUGAAAAAGAGAUCCUUCAUGUUGCCCAGUUGUUUUUGCCAAAAGUGGAAAAAGCUGUUUCUGAUGACCAUUGUUCUCCUGAUUGUUCUGGAUCUCUGUCCGUCUAUAUGACACCUAAUCCCUCUGAAUGUUCUGGAUCUCUGUCCGUCUAUAUGACACCUAAUCCCUCUGAAUGUUCUGGAUCUCUGUCCGUCUAUAUGACACCUAAUCCCUCUGAAUGUUCUGGAUCUCUGUCCGUCUAUAUGACACCUAAUCCCUCUGAAUGUUCUGGAUCUCUGUCCGUCUAUAUGACACCUAAUCCCUCUGAAUGUUCUGGAUCUCUGUCCGUCUAUAUGACACCUAAUCCCUCUGAAUGUUCUGGAUCUCUGUCCGUCUAUAUGACACCUAAUCCCUCUGAAUGUUCUGGAUCUCUGUCCGUCUAUAUGACACCUAAUCCCUCUGAAUGUUCUGGAUCUCUGUCCGUCUAUAUGACACCUAAUCCCUCUGAAUGUUCUGGAUCUCUGUCCGUCUAUAUGACACCUAAUCCCUCUGAAUGUUCUGGAUCUCUGUCCGUCUAUAUGACACCUAAUCCUGCGUCAGCGCAGUCAUUUCUGUGUGCACCUUCUAUUUUUGUGAGAUAACUAAAGAAUUACAAAGAAAGGGAUGUUGAAUAAACAUAUACAUGUCAAUGUA